AUGCCUCCCAAGAAAGCAACCGAAGAAGUUAAAGACAAUGUUGUCGCCUUCGGCCGGGUUCGCAAGAACCUGAAGAUGGGAUGUGUUGGCCUGCCAAACGUUGGCAAGUCGAGUUUGUUCAAUCUUCUUACGAAGCAGAGUGCUGCUGCUGAGAACUACCCUUUCUGCACGAUUGAACCCAAUGAGGCGAGAUGCGCUGUUCCGGACGCACGAUAUAACUUUUUGUGCGAUGUCUGGAAGCCGCCUUCAACUUACCCGGCUUAUUUGCAGGUCACCGAUAUAGCGGGUCUAAUCAGGGGUGCUUCACAGGGAGCAGGUCUUGGAAAUGCCUUCCUAUCGCACAUUCAAGCCGUGGACGGCAUGUUUCAUAUUGUCCGUGCAUUCGACAAUGAUGAGGUUUUGCACGUGGACGACUCCAUCGACCCUGUCCGAGAUUUGGAUACAAUUCAAAGUGAGCUGUGUAAGAAGGACCUUGAUAUUCUCCAGAGGACCAUCGUUGCCGAAGAGGCGAUUGUAAGAAAAGCCGGCGGCAAGUACAAGAUGCUGCCCCUGUUCACCGAGACAACAACGAAAAUCCAGGCGAUGCUGGAGAAGGACCAGCCGGUUCGAGAUGGAAAUUGGACCCCUGCUGAGAUUCAACUUAUCAACGAGAAAAUCCAGCUGAUCACCACCAAACCCGCGAUCUACCUUGUCAAUCUGACGAUGAAGGACUAUCUUCGUCAGAAGAGCAAGUACCUCCCGCAAAUCGCGAAGUGGGUCACAGAACACGGAGGCACUCCCCGUGACAUCAUCCCCUUCUCCAUUGAAUUCGAGGAGAAGCUGGACAGCUUGAGUGAUGAUCCCGCAAAGCAAGCAGAGUUUCUCGGGGAGAGCAAGGUCAAGAGCAAAUUGGACAAGAUCAUCACGGAGGGGUUCAACAAGCUUGGGUUACAGUACUACUUUACAGCUGGAGAAAAGGAAGUCAGAUGCUGGACCAUCCAAAGAGGUUGCCUCGCACCUCAAGCUGCUGGUGUCAUCCACGGUGAUUUCGAACGAGGCUUUAUCAAGGCCGAGGUCGUCGCGUAUCAGGAUUUCCAUGAUCUUUGCAACGGGGCGAAAUCCAUGGCUCCGAUUAAGGCCGCUGGAAAGUACCGACAGGAAGGAAAGACUUAUGUCGUUCAAGAUGGGGAUAUCAUACAUUUCCAAUUUAAUGUUGGAAACAAGAAGUAG